GGAAGUGCACUUGUCUUGGUGCAAGCGGAGUUGGACAUUUAACCAGAAGCAGACUGAAUCCGGAGUAGGGAGGCUCGGAAGUUCGAGACUCUCUUCUUGCACUUGGGGCAGGCAGAGGCUGAAAGAGCCAGUGGCGGGCUGGGCUAGGCAGGACCGCGGACCCCACUCGCUCCUCGCCAACCCUGGUCGUGAUCCGGGAGUAGCCAAGCGAGCGCUCCAUUCCCCGCUGGGGAUCGGGGCGCUCGCAGUGGCAGGAGGCUCCUCCCGGCGGGCUGCCGAGCUAGCCCCAGCGUCCGCCCGGCAGCAAGCGGGAAAGGGGGCAAGGAGGACGACUGAGAGCAGCCGCGGCAGCCGCUGAUCGCCCUCCGUCCCUCCCUCCGCUCCCCGUCGCUUCUGACCCGCUGGCUUCAACUCCCCUUGUGCCGCUGCUGGCGUUCAGGUGCUGCCCUGCCGCCGCCGGACGGAGAAGGAGCGCCGCCCGGCCAGCGGCCGCCUUGUCAUGCUGCCCAAAGUGGAGACGGAAGCCCUGGGACUCGCCCGAUCGAAUGGGGAACGGGGGCAGAUGCCGGAAAACAUGCAAGUGUCUCAGUUUAAAAUGGUGAAUUACUCAUAUGAUGAAGAUCUUGAAGAACUGUGUCCAGUAUGUGGAGAUAAAGUCUCUGGGUAUCACUAUGGACUCCUCACCUGUGAAAGCUGCAAGGGUUUCUUUAAACGAACAGUCCAGAACAACAAAAGGUACACAUGCAUAGAAAACCAGAGCUGCCAGAUUGACAAAACUCAACGGAAACGUUGCCCAUAUUGUCGGUUUCAAAAAUGCCUAAGUGUUGGGAUGAAGUUGGAAGCCGUGAGAGCUGACCGGAUGCGUGGGGGUCGAAACAAAUUUGGACCAAUGUACAAGAGGGACAGGGCACUGAAGCAGCAGAAAAAAGCUCUCAUCCGAGCAAAUGGACUCAAGUUGGAAGCCAUGACUCAGGUGAUUCAAGCAAUGCCCACUGACCUAACAAUAUCCUCUGCAAUCCAGAAUAUCCACUCUGCCUCCAAAGGCCUACCUCUGAACCAUACAGCCUUGCCUCCCACAGACUAUGACAGAAGUCCCUUUGUAACCUCUCCCAUUAGCAUGACAAUGCCGCCACAUGGCAGCCUACAAGGUUACCAGACCUACGGUCACUUUCCAAGCCGUGCUAUCAAGUCUGAGUACCCCGAUCCUUACACCAGCUCCCCAGAGUCAAUAAUGGGCUACUCUUACAUGGAUGGUUAUCAUCAGACAAGCUCACCAGCAAGUAUUCCUCACCUGAUAUUGGAACUCUUGAAGUGUGAGCCAGAUGAGCCGCAGGUCCAGGCUAAGAUCAUGGCAUACUUGCAGCAAGAGCAAGCCAACAGAAGCAAACAUGAAAAGCUCAAUACGUUUGGGCUUAUGUGUAAAAUGGCUGACCAAACCCUCUUCUCCAUUGUCGAGUGGGCCAGGAGUAGCAUCUUCUUCAGAGAACUUAAGGUUGAUGACCAAAUGAAGCUGCUUCAGAACUGCUGGAGUGAACUCUUAAUUCUAGAUCACAUUUAUCGGCAAGUGGUACACGGGAAAGAAGGCUCCAUCCUUCUAGUCACUGGGCAACAAGUGGAUUACUCAGUAAUAGCAUCUCAAGCAGGAGCCACACUCAACAAUCUUAUGAGCCACGCACAGGAGCUAGUAGCAAAACUACGAUCUCUGCAGUUUGAUCUCCGAGAGUUUGUGUGUCUCAAAUUUUUGGUGCUGUUCAGUUUAGAUGUCAAAAACCUAGAGAACUUUCAGCUGGUGGAAGGUGUUCAAGAACAAGUGAAUGCUGCUUUGCUGGACUACACAAUGUGCAACUAUCCACAGCAGACAGACAAAUUUGGGCAGCUUCUCCUGCGACUCCCAGAAAUCCGGGCAAUCAGUAUGCAGGCUGAAGAAUACCUCUACUACAAACACCUGAAUGGGGAUGUGCCAUGUAAUAACCUCCUCAUUGAAAUGCUGCAUGCAAAGAGAGCAUAAAUUAUAUCCUUUACAGCUUCUGCUUUUGAAAAAAAAAGAGGGGGGAAAAUACUCUGAACUGCUCCAAGCGAUACUAAUUAAAAGAACUUGGUUCAAAGGAACUCUGCAAAAAAAUGAUAUAAUAAUCAAAUACUUAAUAGUAAAUAAGUGAUGUAUCAGGGUAUUUGUAUUGCAAACUGUGAAUCAAAUGCUACACAGUCUCCCCAAAGGAACAUGUAUAGGACUUUAUCACUGGAAUGAAAGGAGAUUACAAAUGGAUAUGGAUACCAUUGCCAAUGUGAAACAAAACAAGACAGAAAAAGAAAAGGACACAACAAUUCUUGUAAGUUAAACCUUUGCUGAUUACCACUAUGGAGAAAUUUAGGAUCAAUUUUUAUCGGUGUGAUUAAGCUAACAGGAGGAAUGUGUAUGCACUAAGUUCCUUCAUUGGUUAGUAGGACUGAAGACAUCUCUAAAGGGUGCAAAACAAAACACAGCAGCUACCCUUUGUCAUCCUUCCAAGGACUGAACGUGUAUUUCUCCUCUGAAAAGGAUGUGGCACCAAUCUCUAAUAAAGAACUGGAAUAGGCCAUGUUCGUAGAAUAUAUACUGUAGCACCACCAAAACAAAAAUAAACAAAGCCUGGUUUGGGGACUGUCAGUACUCAGGCCUGCAAA